AAAGAAGCACUCGCACGCGAGCAGAAAGGCCCCCUUGGGGGGGCCUAAAAAUAAAAAUUAUCCGAGACAACGCGGCGGCGGUCGCGCGCCAAAAGCCAAGCGCAAAGGAGGAAUGCUGAUCUUGACUGCGCAGGCGACGUAUUUCAAUGGAAAAGUAGAUAUGGGACGGAAGAGGGUCUCUCGAGCAAUCCAAAAGUGCAAUGCGGCGGGACGGAGCGCCUGGUGGGUAGGCAAUCUGCCCGCACGCGUGCGCGAUGCGCCUGGAUGUUGCCUACCCUACGGGUGGCAGGCGCCCGACCCGAGGCGAAGUGAAGUGAGCCCUCGUCAGCGGCGGACGCACUCGUACAGUAGCCAUGGGAUGAAGCCCUGUAUAGGCAGCAAGACAGAGGCACAGAAUCCAAUUGGAGCUGCUCUCACUUGAACACUUGAAAAGUAAAUUUUCCACCAAACGAGUUUUAAUACUACUCAUUCUCCCUCUUUCCAUAUUGGAAGAAUGUGUUGCAAUACAGUACACGUAACGCUGAAACAAUCCUUAGUUUUGCAACUGCAGUCCAUAACUUUCGCUUAUAAUUUUGAAAAAUUUCAAAAAACAGCCCUGGUUAGUCAAAGCUAACCGACUAUAUCUAGCAUGUCAGUAUGUUCCGAAACUUUGCAUAACGUUUUGUUUCCAGUGGUGUGAGGUGGUUGUAACGCCGCCCUUGUCCGUCCUUGUCCAGGUCGUGUAGCUCCCCCUGCGCCGCGUCGUGUCUUGACCUCUCGUCCUCCGCCCGCGCCGCCCGCGCCUCGCCGCGCAGUGUGACUCGGCGCGCGCUAUGCCCGGGGCGGACUCCCCGUUAGCGCCCCCCUCGCCGGGGGCCCCACCGCCUCAGGUCGACGUCGACGCCCUGCUGACGGAGGCACGUGACCUCCUGGGCGAUGUCGACGCCCCCGCCGCCGGCGCCGCGCUCCCCGUCAGAGACCAGGCGGCCGCGGCGUGCCUGCUCGACCUGCUGUUCAAGGAGCCCCACCGCAUCUCCAUCAAGCACGACUACCACGUACUCAGGUGCGUGAUCAGUGGGGGCUGGGGGCCGCGGCAGGGCGAGCAGCUCGGCGAGCAGCAGGUGUCGCGGGAGCAGGCGCUGCUGCUGGCGCUGGUGCUGGCCGCGCGCCUGCCCCUAGACGGGCUGCUGCUCACGGCGCAGGCCCUCUUCCACGCGCUGCCAGACGGCCGCAUCCUGGCGCUGCUUCGGGGCAUGAAGGGGCUGUCCUCGACCCCGGCCUCCUCCAACAUGAUGGACGUGACCCGGCGGGCGGACGCGGCGCUGGCGCUGCACCACGGGCUGCUGGCCUCGGCCUUGGCGCUCGUACCGCGCCUCGACGGCGACGACCUCGACGACGACCGUCGCGAUGACGACGCCCCCGCUCACAGGCCCGGGCAGCCCACCCCCGCUGGGCCCGCCCUCCGCGAGGCCGUCAUCGCGCAGGUGCUGGGCGCCACGCUCCGGGUCACCCUCCAGGAGGCCCGCGCGACGUCGCACCGCACCAAGGCCGCCUUCCGGAUGCUGCACGUCUACCUCUGCACCGCGACCCGCUGGCGACGCGUCCCACCCGAGCUCGGCGAGAUCGAGAUGUUGGUGUCGACCAGCUGGGAGGUGCCUCUGCCCGGCGUGCGCGAGCACACCGAGGCCGUGCUGGUGCAGCUGUACGACAUGGCGAGGCAGAGCGGCGCCUGGGCGGGCGCGGACAACGGCGCCGAGGCCCUCCAGAGGCUGCGGGCGACGGAGGCCCGCUGGUCCGAGGUCUUGCAUCGCACCUCGUGGCGAGUCAAGGACAAGUACUUGCGCCUCAAGGUGCUGGCCCCGCGCCUCCCGCGCGCCGCGCUGCUCCGCGACCUCGACGACGUGCUCCUGGACGGACUGCUGCUCGGCAUGGCGGACCCCCACCUGGCCUCGGCCGCCACGUCCGUGUACCGCGUCCUGCUCGCCGGACUCGUCACCCAAGAGGAGUGGGUCCAACACUGCCUGCCUACCAUCCAGGAGACCCUCAGCGCGGGUGACAGGAAGCUCGCUACGAACGUGCUCAACUACUGGGUGAUCCCGACGGUCACGACCUUCCCGGAGACGUAUCGCGUUCUGCUCGACGCCAUGAAGGCCCCGCUGGCGGCCGCCAUGGCGGACGAGGACACGACGUCCUACGGCCACGCCGCCUACAUCCACCUGCUCAAGAUCGGGCGCAAGGACGGCUUCUGGGACGUACUAGACGCCGGUGACGAGGUGGCCGAGCACUGGUCCGCGCUGGAGUGGGGCGCCCGCCACAGCGACUCCUGGGUGCGCGGCGCGGCGCUGGCGGCCGUCUGCAUGUCCUCGCGGCCGCGGCAGGCCGUCACGGGCAGCGAGGCUCGCUUCGCGCUGCGCUUCCUGGAGGCAAACGCGCGCGCGGACGACACCCGGCUGCGGCACGCGCUGCUCGAGGCGCUGGGCUGGCUGCUGAUGCGGCUGCGCAACUCGCUGCGCCCGCUGCUGGCCAAGGGCGACACGGAGGACAACGGGGACCUCGCGACCGCGGCGCGCUUCCUCGCCGACCUGCACCGCUUCGUGCUGGACGGCAUGCAGCCUGGCACCAACUACCAGCGGCGCGCCACCUGCCUGGGCGUGUACCGCCUGCUGCUCAGCUAUCUGGCGCCCGUCCCCGCGGCGGCCGCCGCCGGCCUCAAGAAGGGCGUCGGCAAGGACCCGCUGCCCGUCAGCGCCGUGCUCGGCCGCCACCUCCGCCUGGGCUCGGCCGAGAGCCGGCGCGUGCUGCUCAACUGCAUCAUGGACCCCGCGGACGACGUCCGGAACAAGGCGGCCGAGGUCCUCGCCAUGCUCCCCGCCGAGGAGGCCGCAGCCGCGGAGCGUGCUGAGGCGGAAAACCAGAACCUGCCAACCUGGGACCACGUCCUUUUCCUCUGCAACAGCCAGCUGUUCUUCCAGGCGGAGAGUGGUGCCGUGCUGGGGGCAGUGCUUUGUUCUUGGAGAGAGGACCGAGUGCGGCCGCUCGAGCUGGUGGCUGAGUGCGAGCGGCAGCUGUCCGCCCUCCGCGAUGACGUCCUGGCUGCCGCCUCCGGGGGCAGCCCUCUCCAUGGUCAGCUGGGGCUGGUGCGUCGCCUUCUCCCCCCGAGGGGCCCCCGUGGACGCCGUUCUCCUGGUCGCUGGGCGGGCACCGAGGACCGCCUCCUGCUCCUACUGGAGGCCAACAUGGACCUCUGCCUCAACAUGCUCGCCUGUCGUGCCUCCGCUGACACAGCGUUCAACCCAAGCUUCGCGGAGAUGGGGGAGGCGAUCGACAGCAUGGUGGCGCGGCCCGGCCGGCGCGCCGGCGAGGAUGGCGACGACGACGGUCUGCCGCUGACGCUGUCUCCGGCGCACCAGCUCGUCCUGAACUGCAUCUGGCUCAACCUCAAGAUGUGCUGCGCCCUGGCCAGCGACCUGCUCGAGGUGGACUGGGAGGGCGGUGGACCUCCGGGCUUCGCCGAGCGUUGCGCCCGCCUCCCCGUGUCCGUGCUGCUGCGCUGCCGCCACAAGGGCGCCAUCGAGGCGGCUGGCGCGGCCCUGCAGCAGGUCGUCAGGACCCUCACGGACCAGUCCGACGUAGAGCUGCGGCAACUGCCCCACCGCCUGCUCACGGAGUUCCUGCACCUUCUCCUGGAGGGUAGCACCGCCAAGGGCACCUCGGUGUCGCGGAGGUCGGCGGGGAUGGCCAUCUUGGUGCACCGCAUCGUCUUGGGGGACCAACAGCCGGACAAGCCCCUGUUGCAUGAAUGUAUCUCGAGCUUGUUCAACUUGCUAGAGUGCAGUGCAUGUCAGAGAUCCGUCGAGGAUGCACAACACGAUCUCCCUCAGACCCAAGCACUUCAUUUUCUGCGCACCCUCGUCGCAGAUGCCGCACUGCGUGUGGCGAUGUCCCCUUAUCUAGGUCAGGCUGCUCUCUUCUGUUUUAGACAUUUGAACUCCCCGCUUUGGAGUACCAGAAAUGCAAGUCUGCAAUUAUUUGGAGCCUUAGUGCCUAAAAUUGUUGGCCAGGGCAAGAAUGCAAGUGACAGUGAAGAAGAGGAUGAUAGCAUAGUUGGGUGCAUUAGUUUGGGGGAUUUGAUUGUGAGAUUUGCUCCUCUUUGCGAAUUAUUGCUGGAAAUACUUGAGUCUUCUGCUGGAAGAACAGAUUUACUUCAAAGUCACGCAGAGCUAAUUCCAGCACUCUCCCUGCUUGCACGUCUUUCUGUAUCAGAAAAUACAUCAUGGUCAUCUCAACACAUAAAAAUGUUUAAGUCUGCAUUUUUACAUCUUCUCUCUAGCCCUAUUGCAACUGUCCGUUCUCUUGCUGCCAAGGGAUUUUCCAGGUUUACCCCUCUUAUGGAAUCUGCCAACACUUUUGAAAAACUUUUGACUGUUUACUUUCAACAAACUUCAGAAAAUGGUCGAUUUGGAGUUCUCACGGCUAUGAAAUUAAUUAAAGAUCAUCUUUCUAUAGAAGGACACCUCACGCAUGCAUCAGGCUCAGAGGAACAUAAGAUUUCCAAUUUGAUCAGUAAUCAGUUACUGUCCCAAAAUCCGUCAUCAUUUGCCAGUGAAUCUAUGCUUUUAUCCAUUUUUGCACCUGAUUAUGAACUAAAAAUUAGCUCCCAAAAUAUAUUUACUAGAAUAUCUUCCCUUGUAGGAGAAAGGCAUGUUGGAAUUAGUCAAUGGAUAUUAACAAAUCUAAGCAUAAUUUUGUGUAAGAGUAGUGUUACACUUUUACCCGAAAUCUUAGAAAAAUCUUUGAAUAUGUUAAGCUGUACUGAUGCAGGAAGGAUUACUAUUUCUCAUAUUACUAAACGAAUAGACAGUAGGACAGCACACUGUGUUUUGCAAGAAAUAUUGGAUGUAUCUCUCAAGCAUUUGUGUCAAAAAGCAUCUCUAUCUAAUUAUGAAACAUUCCAUUUGCUUAAUUUAGUUUUAAAAGCAAUUACUCUAGCUGAUGAUAAAAAGAUUUCUUUGCUAUGUGAUAUAGACUCACUUGUUCUAUUAUCAAGUAGUGCUCAUUCAGGAAAGUUUGGAGCUCGCUGUGAAGCAGUUACUCUUUCUGUAACGUCUGGAUUGUUAUCAUUCCUUUGUUCUCAAUUGAGAAGUAUCGACCCUUCGUUACCUAGAGAUUUAACAAAUGAUAAUCAAGUCCAAGCUGUUUUCACCGACGUUUUGUAUUGUGUGCAGAAAUUUAGCUGCCCUAAAAAAUAUGGAGAAGAUUUUCGUCUUGCUGCUGCCACAGCAUUAAGGUUUAUUGGCGUAACGUUAACAAAGCAAACUUUCUUUACCCUUGAAACCUUUUCAUUAGAUGGUGUCAGAGUCACACAGAAUGCUGCAUUAAUUCUGAGAGCUGCCCUUCAACUCCUGCAAGAUGAAGACAGUCAUGUCAGAGAAGAAGCCUCUAAAUUUGUAAUUGUUCUUUCACAAAGUACUCAAAGAGCGCUGAAUUCCCUUGAGUGCUUGUCAACAUUACUGACUUAUGACUUCCUAUGCAAUAUUUUGGGAAGCAAACAUGAAGUACUUCUCUUUUUAUGGAGUUUACUUACACCCCAGGACAGUGAAGAGAGUGGUUGUAGGGAAAGUGGUAUAGAAAAUCCUUUUGAUCAUGGCACAAGGAAUAUAUUUGCAGAAGAAAUUUGGAUUGUAGAACAGGUUCAAAGAGUAAUAAGAAUAAUUCUUCAAGAAGAGAAUAUUUCAGAGCUGUUAUCAUUUUCAUCUAACAAUGAAGAUAUACUUCAGAACUGGAGUUGCGAAGUAAAGAAAGAAAUAGACAGCAUGGACACUCUUGCAGCAAAAGUAACUCAGAAAAUAGUGAGAGAAGAAUGUGAAGCAAGUACAAUAUUUUUGCAGCUUAAAAGGGUAAAUUAUAAAAUAAAAAUUCUUAAAAU